UUUUUAGUCAGGUAAAAAUAAGCAGUCGGAAGCGUAUUAUAUGAAUGAAGAAAUAAAUUGAGCAAGUUAUGAAACAAUUUAAUAUUUGUGGGCUAUAGUUUAAAUAAAGUUCUUGUUUUUCUGUCUAUAUUUGUCUUCUGAAUGUUAUGGUUAAUGUUUUUGUUAUAAAUUUUUAUCAAUAUGUAUAUGAAACUGUGUCUUAUACAUUUAUCUAGCUAAUCAGUGUUAACUCUGUAGCACUAACUAUAUCAAGAUGGCAUCUUCAUUGCAAGUUUUUGUUUCUGGUCUUAAGAGCAAAAAUGAAGAUGUUAGGCUCAAAACAACACGUGAGCUUCAUCAUUAUAUUACAACAGAGUUGCGGGAAAUGAGCAUUGAAGAUGUCACCACUUUUCUGGAUGAGUUUAAUCACCACAUUUUUGAAAUGGUUUCAAGCUCAGACGUUAAUGACAAGAAAGGGGGGAUUUUAGCAAUCGUUAAUUUGCUUGGGAUCAAUGUGGGUAACACUGGUACUCGCACAAGCAGAUUUGUUAAUUAUUUAAGGAAUCUGUUGCCUUCAAGUGAUAUAGGAGUUAUGGAGUUGGCAGCCUAUGCCAUUGGGAGACUUGCCUUAGCCAGUGGUACAUAUACUGCUGAAUAUGUCGAAUUUGAAGCCAAAAGAGCAUUUGAAUGGUUAAGUGGUGAUCGACAUGAAGCUAAACGGCACGCUGCUGUUCUUGUGUUAAGAGAGCUUGCCGUUUCCACACCAACUUUUUUCUUUCAGCAAGUGCCUCAAUUUUUUGAAUGCAUUUUUAAUGCACAUAAGGAUCCUAAACCUCAAAUCCGGGAAUCUGCGGCUGCUGCUCUAAGAGCUGCUUUAGUUGUGAGAGCACAGCGAGAGACAAAAGAAGUAACCCCACCCCUCUGUUACAGUCUUUCAUAUGACGUAGCUGCAAAAGGAUUAGAAGAAGCUCUGAAAGAGAAGGGUGUUGCACGUGAUGACAAAAUACACGGAUCACUUCUAGUGCUUAAUGAACUUCUUCGCUGUAGUAAUUUAGAUGGAGAGAUGACACGACAAGAAUUGGAGGAUAAAAUUCAACAGCAAGCAUCUCACGAAUCAGGCCAAAAUCGAUAUAAUUUUUUGAAAGAGCUUGGAACAGGAUCGUUGAGUCGUAGCUUCAAGGCAUUCCACCAACUCCAUCAAAACACCCAGAAUGGGUCUCAUAAAGGAGCUGGUCUCUCUGCUGUCGUCAAAUAUCACAAGGCCCUGGGUACGUACCCCGGAGAUGUCGUGUCUACCAGAAGAAUACAAGUUUAUGAGAGCAAUGCAUGCAAACAACUCAUCGCAGAACAUUUUGACACUAUUUGUCAACAAGUGCUUAGGUACAGAAAUUCAAAAAGCAUCUAUAUUCAACAAACUCUUCUGAAUAUUAUUCCUCGACUGGCUGCUUUUUCAACAGAAAAGUUUGCCAAAAGCUAUUUGAAUGAAACAAUGAUACAUUUGUUAUCCUGCUUGCGCCGUGAGAGGGAGAGAUACAAUGCGUUCAAUGCUGUGGGUCUUUUAGCUGUAGCUGUUAAGUUGCAUAUCAACCCUUUUAUUCCAAAGAUUAUGGAGGUUAUUCGAUCUUCAUUGCCUUCUAAAGACGUGGUUAUUAGAAAGAAACCACCUCCCAUAGAACCAGCGGUUUUUACUUGUAUCAGUAUGCUAGCUAGAGCUGUUGGACACAACAUUAUGUCUGACAUUAAAGAACUGUUAGAACCUAUGAUGGCUACUGGUUUAAGCCCAUCGUUGACUGCCUCUUUGCGUGAAUUGGCCACUGAGAUACCACAAUUGAAGAAGGAUAUUCAAGAGGGUCUUUUGAAGAUGUUAUCUGUCGUUCUGAUGAGGAGAACCUUGAGACACCCAGGAAUGCCAAAACAUUUAAGUAGUCUACCCCCUUCUUCGAGCCUUCACCAGAGCUUGCUAGAAGUGAAUGAUGCUGCAAGCCUAACAUUAGCUUUAAAAACUCUUGGCAGCUUUGAUUUUCAAGGACGUCCUCUAAUGCUCUUUGUUCGCUACUGUGCUGAGAACUACCUAUCUAGUGAAAAUAAAGAGAUACGAUUGGAAGCUGUUCGUACCUGUUGCAAGCUUUUAUCUCCUGCUGUAGAUAGCAUGAAAGCUAGUGGAAGGUACAGCUCCUCUCUUACAGCAACUGUCCAAGAAGUGUUGGCAAAGUUACUCAUGGUCGGAGUUACAGAUUCUGACAUGAAUGUUAGAUACUCAGUGUUAGCCUCACUGGAUGACAAAUUUGACAGCUACUUGGCACAGGCUGAUAAUUUGAAUGCUCUGUUCAUUGCCCUGAAUGAUGAGAUGUUUGAAAUAAGGGAGCUGGCCCUCUGUACUGUUGGUCGCUUAAGUGCUGCUAAUCCUGCAUAUAUUAUGCCUUCUCUGAGAAAAGUUCUCAUUCAAAUCUUAACAGAAUUGGAACAUUCGGGUAUCGGUCGUAACAAAGAACAAAGUGCCAAGAUGUUGGGACAUUUAGGUGCCAAUGCCCCAAGACUAAUCCGACCCUAUAUGGAACCUGUUUUAAAUGUCCUUAUUCCUAAGCUGCGAGACCCUGAUCCAAAUCCAGGUGUUACUGUUAGUAUUCUUGCUGCAAUUGGAGAACAAGCACAGGUGAGUGGUGUAGAGAUGCGUAAGUGGCUGGACCAGCUGAUGCCAAUCCUUUUAGAUAUGAUGCAGGAUUCAUCUUCUUUGCCCAAGAGAGAGGUUGCUUUAUGGACCCUUGGACAACUGAUUGAGAGCACUGGUUAUGUAAUUGAACCAUACAUGAAGUACCCAAACCUGCUGGAGCUUCUAUUGAAUUUCUUGAAGACAGAGCAAUCUCCCACCAUUAGAAGAGAAGCUAUUCGUGUUCUUGGUCUUUUGGGUGCAUUGGAUCCUUUUAAGUACAAAGUCACACUUGGUCUAAUUGACCUCUCUGGAGAAUCAAGUAGUGGUAUGCUGAGCAUAGGAAAUUCUACAAAUAUUGCAGACAAUCAAGAAAUGAGUGCAAGUGAGAUGUUAGUAAAUAUGUCUGGAUCCCUAGAUGAAUUUUAUCCUCAAAUAGCCAUUGUCACACUGAUGAAAAUAAUCAGGGAGCCUCUGCUGCAUCAGCAUCAUUCCAUGGCAGUCCAUGCUAUUACUUUUCUGUUCAAAAAUAUGGGAAUAAGUGCUGUACCUUAUCUUCCUCAGGUUAUGCCAUCAUUCAUUAAUGUUAUCAAAACUGCUGACAAUCCUUUUAGAGAGUUUCUAUUUCAACAGCUGUGCCAGAUAAUUAGCAUUGUCAAGAUUCAUAUUCGAAACUAUCUAGAUGAUAUAUUUUGUCUUUUGAAGGAUUUUUGGACACCACAGAGUCCAAUGCAGAGUACAAUUCUUCUUCUUAUAGAGCAGGUUGUUAUUGCCCUUGGAGCUGAAUUUAAGAUAUAUUUACCACAGUUGAUCCCACAUUUUUUGCGUGUUUUCAUGCAUGACACCUCAGAAAACAGAACUAUUACCAUGAAGCUUCUAAUAGCAUUACAAAAAUUUGGAAAUAAUCUGGAUGAUUAUUUACAUUUGAUUUUGCCACCUGUUGUUAAGCUUUUUGAUUCACCUGACGUUCCUAUCAAUGUGCAGAGGCAUGCUUUAGAAACUAUUGAUCAUUUAUCAGAAACCUUGGAUUUUACUGAAUUUUCUUCUCGAAUUUUGCAACCUCUGGUCCGCAAUCUGGACACAGUACCCGAACUUCGCCCAACUGCUAUGGAUACCCUAUGUUCUGUGGUUAUACAAUUGGGCAAAAAAUACCAGAUAUAUAUUCCAAUGGUGCACAAGGUUUUGACUAAACAUCGUAUCAAUCACCAAAGAUAUGAUGUUCUAAUUAGUCGAAUCAUAAAGGGGACUGCAGUAGAAGAAAAUGAUGACCCCUUAAUGUAUCCAAAGAGAAAGACUUCCGCUAAGUCUCAUGAAAAUGACAUCAGCCAGGCUAACUCUGAAGUUGGAAACCCUCGGAGAAAGCUGCAAAUCAAUAUCGCUAACCUCCAAAGAGCCUGGGCAUCAGCUCGCAGAGUUUCGAAAGAUGACUGGCUAGAGUGGCUGAAACGAAUGAGUGUUGUGUUGCUCAAAGAAUCUCCGUCACCUGCAUUAAGAUCCUGUUGUGCUCUGGCAGAAUCCUAUGAUCAAUUGCCAAGAGACAUGUUUAAUGCAAUAUUUCUGUCCUGUUGGUCCGAAUUGCACGAAAAACAGCAAAAUGAAUUAGCAGAGAGUCUUCAACAGGCACUGACAACACAGAAUAUUCCAGAAAUUACACAGACACUUCUUAAUUUGGCUGAAUUCAUGGAACACUGUGAAAAGGGACUCCCUGAAAGCACUCUAAAAUCCACUUUGCUGGGAGAGAAAGCAAUGGAAUGUAGAGCUUAUGCAAAGGCUUUGCAUUACAAAGAAGAUGAAUUCCACAAAGGCCCCACAACUGAAAUUCUAGAAGCUUUAAUCGGCAUAAAUAAUAAACUACACCAACCAGAAGCAGCCGCUGGUGUUUUGGAAUAUGCUAUGAAAAACCAUGAUGCUGAGUUGAAAGUGAAAGAGCUGUGGUAUGAGAAGUUGCAUAAGUGGGACAAAGCACUGAUUGCUUAUCAGAAAGCAAGAGAGCAGAAACCAGAUGAUAUAGAACUCAUUAUGGGACAGAUGAAGUGUCUAGAAGUUCUUGGUGAAUGGGGUCAACUGUACCAACUUUCAAGUGAAACAUGGCCCACUGCAGAUACUGCAUUCAAAACAAAAAUGGCGCCUAUGUCAGCUGCAGCCGCAUGGGGAUUAGGUCAUUGGGAGAGUAUGGAAGAAUAUACGAAGGUGAUUCCCCGUGGAACUACAGACAGUGCCUUUUAUCAAGCCAUACUUUCAAUUCAUCGAUCUGAUUUCUAUGCUGCCCAACAGUUUAUUGAUAAAGCUAGAGAUCUCUUAGAUACUGAAUUGACUGCAUUGGCUGGUGAAAGUUAUAGCAGAGCUUAUGGUGCAAUGGUUCAUGUCCAGAUGAUGUCUGAACUGGAAGAAGUGAUACAGUACAAGCUCAUUCCUGAAAGACGAGACCAUAUUAAACAGAAAUGGUGGGAUAGAUUACAAGGCUGCCAAAGAAUAGUUGAAGACUGGCAGAAAAUAAUGCAAGUUCAUUCUUUAGUAGUCAGUCCGCAAGAGGACAUGAGAUCAUGGCUCAAAUACGCAAGUCUCUGCAGAAAAGCCGGACGUUUGGCAUUAUCUCACCGAACAUUAGUAAUGCUCUUAGGAUCAGAUCCCUCUACAAACUCUCAAAAUAUGCUCCCCUGUAACCAUCCUCAAGUAACAUUCGCUUACAUUAAGCACAUGUGGAAAAGUAACCAGAAGCAAAAUGCAUUUAAGCAUCUGCAGACAUUUGUGAAUAUAUCUCUAGCAUCUCAAGAAUACAAAAAUACUAUGACUAAUGGAAACCCACCUACAGAAAUCACAAAACUUCUGUCUAAAUGUUAUUUGAAACUUGGAGAAUGGGAGGAGAAUCUACACGGCAUUAAUGAAACUUCAAUUCCACAGAUUUUACAAUUCUAUUCAUUGGCUAUGGACAAAAACAGAGAUUGGUAUAAAGUGGCUCAUGCAUGGGCACUGAUGAAUUUCCAUUCAGUUCUCUUCUUCCAGAAAAAAGAACAGCAGAAGCAGCAGUUAGCAUUGGGAGAUACCAUUGAUAUGCAACAGGAACAUCCUAGUCUGGGAUCCAUUAAAAUUGCAUCAUCUGCUGAAUACAUAAGGAUGUAUGCUGUUCCAGCUGUCAGAGGUUUCUUCCAUUCUAUAGCUUUGUCCAAUGGGAACUCGUUACAAGACACUCUUAGAUUGUCUACUUUAUGGUUCGAUUAUGGACACAUCCUUGAAGUAAAUAAAGCUGUGAUCGAAGGGCUAAAAACUAUUCCUGUUGAAACUUGGCUUCAGGUUAUACCUCAGUUAAUUGCUCGUAUUGAUACUCCACGCCAAUUAGUUGGAGAAGUGAUUCACCAGUUGCUGAUGGACAUUGGAAAACAUCAUCCACAAGCUUUGAUAUAUCCUUUGACCGUAGCUGCAAAAUCAACCACACCGUCGCGAAACAAUGCUGCUAACAAAAUAUUGGACAGUAUGAUGAAACAUAGUGGCAAUCUUGUUGAACAAGCUAAAAUGGUGAGUGAAGAGCUGAUUCGAGUGGCUAUCCUCUGGCAUGAAUUGUGGCAUGAAGGACUAGAAGAAGCCUCGAGGCUCUACUUUGGGGAGAGGAAUAUCAAAGGAAUGUUUGCAGCUUUGGAACCUCUUCAUGCACUUAUUGAAAAGGGGCCUCAGACAUUGAAGGAGACAUCUUUUACUCAGGCUUAUGGAAGGGAGUUAGCAGAUGCUCAGGAAUACUGCAAAAAGUAUCAACGGACUGGCAAUGUAAAAGAAUUGACACAAGCUUGGGACACUUAUUAUCACGUGUUCAGGAGAGUUGCUAAGCAACUUCCUCAAUUGACAUCUCUAGAACUUCAAUAUGUAUCUCCAAAGCUUCUGAUGUGCCGUGAUUUAGAGCUCGCUGUGCCAGGUUCUUAUAAUCCUAACAAACCAAUUAUAAGAAUUGCCAAAGUUGAAAGUGCUCUUCAAGUUAUUACAAGUAAACAGCGCCCUAGGAAACUUACUAUAAAAGGUAGUAAUGGCAAAGACUUCACCUUCCUCUUAAAGGGUCACGAAGAUCUUAGACAAGAUGAACGAGUGAUGCAGCUUUUUGGUCUGGUCAACACCCUUCUUACCAAAGACCCAGAGACUUCCAGGAGGAAUAUCACGAUCCAUCGAUAUUCUGUCAUCCCAUUGUCCACAAACAGCGGCUUGAUUGGCUGGGUUCCUCAUUGUGAUACUCUCCAUACCUUGAUAAGAGAUUACAGAGAAAAGAAGAAAAUACUGUUGAACAUUGAACAUCGAAUAAUGCUAAGGAUGGCUCCAGAUUAUGACCAUCUCACUCUAAUGCAGAAAGUAGAAGUAUUUGAACAUGCUUUGAAAAACACCCAAGGUGAUGAUUUAGCGAAACUCCUGUGGCUCAAAAGUCCAAGCUCAGAAGUGUGGUUUGACAGGAGAACCAAUUAUACACGGUCUUUAGCAGUGAUGUCUAUGGUCGGUUAUGUUCUAGGAUUAGGAGAUAGACAUCCAUCCAAUUUGAUGUUGGAUCGCUUGAGUGGAAAGAUUCUUCAUAUAGAUUUUGGGGAUUGCUUUGAAGUUGCUAUGACCAGGGAUAAAUUCCCUGAAAAAAUUCCAUUCCGUUUGACUAGAAUGCUCAUACAUGCCAUGGAGGUGACUGGUAUUGAAGGAACAUACCGAAAAACAUGCCAAAAGGUUAUGAAAGUAUUGAGAGACAAUAAGGACAGCCUUAUGGCUGUUUUAGAAGCCUUUGUUUAUGAUCCUUUGCUGAAUUGGAGACUCAUUGAUGCUCAACCAAAAGGUAAACAUUCAAAGAGCAGAAGUGAAUCAUCUUCUUCGAUUCAUGAUCAAAAUGAUAUAUUGGAAGUAGAAGUGCAAUCUCAGGCAGAUUCAAAGAAAACAGACACUCCCAUUGAUUCUUGGUACAAUAAGCCAGAAGCAUUAAAUGAAAAAGCAGUUCAGAUUAUUAAUAGAGUACAGGACAAGUUAACAGGUCGAGAUUUUGAUCCUGGCAGGAUUUUAGAAAUUGAUGAACAAGUCGAUUUACUCAUUCGACAAGCUACCUCACAUGAAAAUUUGUGCCAAAGCUAUAUUGGAUGGUGCCCAUUUUGGUGAAAUCUCAAAAGUCAAUCCUAGCCAUGAAAAUUGUACAUAGUACUUCUAAUUUGCAUCCUCUACUGUGAUAAUACUAUUAGAGUGGUGACUUAUAUGUAAAUAAUGCUAUAAAAAAUAAAUAAUACUUUGUUACUUUAUAAAAA